GCGCAGCUGCAGGCCCUGAGGGAGGCCGUGUGUUUAGCACUAAUGGGCAGUAGUAACGUUUGUGAACGUCGAUUUUGGGGGAUUUUUUUUUUUACCUUUUCUGGCUUGGAGAUCAAUUUUUCCCACCAGGAUCCAUUGGAACAUACAGUUGAGAUGGAUUGCAAUGUGGUAAAGGUUUAGCUUUAAUUGAGCUAACAUUGAGCAAGAAGAGCUAUGAAUUUUUCUCUCCAUUGAAGAAGUGGAAUGAAAGUUUAACCGGAAGCUGCAGCAUGGCUGAGAAAGAGCAAUCUGUGGUAGCUGAAGCGAGCAAAAAGAAAAAACGCGAGGCUCAACUGGUGGAGGAAUCUGAACUCCUUACUGUCCCUGAUGGCUGGAAAGAAGAACCUUUCUCAAAGGAAGAUAACCCAAGAGGAUUACUUGAGGAGAGCAGUUUUGCUACAUUGUUCCCAAAAUAUAGAGAGGCCUACCUAAAAGAAUGCUGGCCGCUUGUUCAAAAGGCAUUGAAUGACAGUUUUGUAAAAGCUGAGCUGGAUUUGAUUGAAGGCAGCAUGACGGUCACUACAACUAAGAAGACUUUUGAUCCAUAUGUUAUAGUUCGAGCUAGAGAUUUGAUAAAGUUGCUUGCCAGAAGUGUUCCUUUUGAACAGGCAGUAAGAAUACUACAGGAUGACAUGGCUUGUGACAUUAUUAAAAUAGGCUCCUUAGUUCGAAACAGGGAAAGAUUUAUCAAAAGGAGACAACGGCUUCUUGGACCAAAGGGAUCCACUUUAAAGGCUCUGGAGCUUCUUACAAACUGUUAUAUUAUGGUUCAGGGCAACACAGUAUCUGCUUUGGGACCAUUUGGUGGAUUAAAAGAGGUUAGAAAAGUCGUUUCGGAUACAAUGAAGAACAUCCAUCCAAUAUAUAAUAUUAAGGCUUUAAUGAUAAAACGAGAACUGGCAAAGGAUCCAGAGUUAAGAUCCAAAAGCUGGGAGAGAUUUCUGCCGCAAUUUAAGCACAAGAAUGUCAGCAAGCGAAAAGAACCAAAAAAGAAGAAUGUAAAGAAAGCUUAUACACCAUUCCCACCUCCACAGCCUGAAAGCCAGAUUGACAAAGAACUGGCUAGUGGCGAGUUUUUCCUUAAAGAAAGUCAUAAGAGAAGAAAGAAACUAGAAGAAGUAAAGACAAAACAGGCAGAGGCAGUGACCAAAAGGCAAGAAGAGAGAAACAAGGCCUUCAUCCCACCUAAGGAAAAACAAGUAACCAAACCACAGAAAGCUUCCACUGCAACUAAAAUUGAUGUGAAUGCAAUCAAAGAGAAGGUAAAGAAAGCCAAAGGGAAGAAACUUGGGGCUCUGCCGGAGGAGGAGGUGAAAAAGAAAAUUGCUGAAAAGAAAAAGAAGAAAUAACUGUAGUCCUUGAUAUUCGGCGGAGAUGUGAUUCUCAUCAGACUUUUAUGGAAGAUCUUUUUUUCCUCUUAAAAUCCACACAUUCUUCAGCAUUUCAAAGAGGUUCUAGAACAAGCAUUGAUUGGGACGAAAAGCUUAAUACCCUGCAAAUACAACAUCCAUCAAUUCUUGGUUUAAAACCUGAAGUUCAAGCUUAAAUUAUUAGAAAAUGCCUACUGGUUUUAUAUACAGGUAACUUUGUAAAUAUCCCCAUAAUAGUCAGUGCAUGUUAUCAAACUGUUUGAUUUUUCAAGAUAAUUUCUAUCUCAUAGCGUUGUUUAAAAAUGCAUCUCAGAAGGUGUCACUAAAGCCUCAUGAAAAAAAUAAUAAAAAGGACAUUUUAUAAAUAAAAAAA